GCCGCGCGGGACCUACAUGCGUGUUAACUGCAGCUUAUUCGGGAGCGUAUAGUCCACAGCAGAAAUCACAGGGUGACUUAAGGUGUUUCAGACAAAUUCCCCACCCACCAAGCGACAGGUCACCGCUCCUCCAUCCCGGGCGGCCUGCUACCUCAGUCCAUCUGUCUUCAUGAGUAUGGCGUCAGGGAGUGAAGGGCCAUCAUCCACUUCUCACAAACACUCCAACAGGUUAGCUAAGGAGAGGUCACCAUACCUGCUACAACAUGCGCACAACCCUGUCGACUGGUAUCCAUGGGGGAAGGAUGCUUUUGACAAAGCAAAGAAUGAAGACAAACCCAUCUUUUUAUCCGUGGGCUAUUCCACAUGCCAUUGGUGCCAUGUUAUGGAGAGGGAGUCCUUCGAGGACGAGGAAAUUGGCAAAAUCCUUAGUGAAAACUUCAUCUGCAUCAAGCUAGACAGAGAAGAGAGGCCUGAUGUGGAUAAGGUCUACAUGACCUUUGUGCAGGCAACAAGUGGAGGUGGUGGUUGGCCUAUGAGUGUGUGGUUGACUCCUGAACUUCGACCUUUCAUUGGAGGCACCUACUUCCCUCCCAGAGACCGUGGAGGUAGACCUGGGUUCAAGACGGUCCUCACCAGAAUCAUAGAUCAGUGGCAGAAUAAUCGUCCUGCUUUGGAGUCCAGUGGGGAGAGGAUCAUUGAGGCCCUGAAAAAAGGCACAACCAUCACUGCAAACGCAGGCCAAAGUCCUCCACUGGCUCCAGACGUGGCUAAUCGCUGCUUCCAGCAGCUCGCCCAUUCCUAUGAGGAAGAGUAUGGAGGCUUUAGAGACGCUCCAAAGUUCCCCUCACCAGUGAAUCUGAUGUUCCUCAUGUCCUAUUGGACUGUGAAUCGCUCCACAUCGGAAGGGGUCGAGGCUCUCCAGAUGGCCUUGCACACGCUUCGCAUGAUGGCACUGGGAGGCAUCCAUGACCACAUUGCACAGGGUUUUCAUCGUUACUCCACAGACUCCUCCUGGCAUGUUCCUCACUUUGAGAAGAUGUUGUACGACCAGGCUCAGCUGGCUGUUGCCUACAUAACAGCUUCCCAGGUUUCAGGUGAGCAGUUUUUUGCAGAAGUGGCUAAGGAUGUACUGCUUUACGUCUCCAGAGACCUGAGCGACAAGGUGAUCUGGGGCUUCUACAGUGCAGAGGAUGCAGACUCUGUCCCGGCUUCGGGGGGACCAGAAAAGCGAGAGGGGGCUUUCUGCGUGUGGACAGCCUCUGAAGUUCGGGAGCUCUUACCAGACGUGGUGGAGGGCACCGCUGGUAAUGCUACGCUGGCUGACAUCUUUAUGCAUCACUAUGGGGUCAAAGAGCAAGGCAAUGUUGCUCCAGAACAGGACCCCCACGGGGAGCUGCAGGGCCAGAAUGUGCUGAUCGUGCGUUAUUCAGUCGAGUUAACAGCUGCUCGCUUUGGCAUCACUGUCGAGAAAGUCAAUGAGCUCCUGGCCUCUGCCAGAGCCAAAAUGGCCGUAGUGAGAAAGAGUCGGCCACGCCCUCAUCUGGACACCAAGAUGUUGGCCUCCUGGAAUGGCCUGAUGCUGUCGGCCUACGCUCGCGUCGGAGCUGUGCUGGGAGACAAGGACUUGGUGGAGAGAGCAGUGAAGGCUGGGGGUUUCCUAAAGGAGCACCUGUGGGACGCUAAGCAGCAGACCAUCCUUCGAUCUUGUUACCGUGGAGACCAGAUGGAGGUGCAACAGAUAUCUCCGUCUAUCUCUGGCUUCCUGGAUGACUAUGCCUUCAUCAUAUGUGGUUUGCUGGACCUGUACGAGGCCACGCUACAAACAGAGUGGCUGCAGUGGGCUGAGGAGCUGCAGCUGAGGCAGGACAUGUUGUUCUGGGAUGAUCAGGGCGGAGGCUACUUCUGCAGUGAUCCCACUGACAGCACAGUACUGCUGCAGCUGAAAGAGGGUGAGGGAUGGAUGCAUUAG